CACCUGCCCCGCAUCUCUCUUCCCUCACUCGCCCGCUCCGUCUUCACCACUUCCUCCUCGCCGACGAUCUCGCGGAGCAGCGGCGCAGAUGGCGAGUGACGGCGCGGCGGCCACGCCGGCGAAGGUGACCCCGAAGAAGGCCAAUCUCCUCGACCCGCACUCCAUCAAGCACCUCCUCGACGAAACCAUCUCCGAUGUCGUGAAGAGCAAGGGGUACACGGAGGACACGCGGCUGGGCAACUUGAAGCUGGGGAUCGGGGCGGCCGUGAUCGCCGUCGCCCUACUCGCACAGUUCUACCCGAAGAAGUUCCCACAGAACCGCGAGUUCCUCCUCGGCUGCAUCGCGUUGUAUGUGGUGUUGAAUGUGGUGCUGCUGAUCCUUAGCUACACCAAGGAGAAGGAUGCCAUCCUCUUCACCCACCCUCCUAUGGGUUCUUUCAACAGCACCGGCCUCAUCAUUUCUUCUAAGCUGCCAAGGUUCUCGGACAUGUACACUCUCACAAUAGCCAGUGCGGACCCGCAGUCUAUCUCUGCAAAUAAGCCAGUCCAUUUUACUAAGAGCGUGACAAAGUGGUUUACUAAGGAAGGGGUUCUUGUGGAAGGUCUAUUCUGGAAGGAUGUUGAGAAGCUGAUUGAUGACUACAACAGCGAGCGCAAGAGUAAAUGAAUCGGUAGCUCGAGUCUCUGACCAUCCAGAGAGACAUUGAUUGUCUAGGGAAACCCCUCUUAUGGAAGAGAGCUUAGCGUAAUCUAAACAGAUUUUUGCAUACUGUACUGGUUGAUCAGUGAAUGAAUACCGUUCAAGACAUAAAACCUUGGUUCUGUGUUUUGUGCCGCGUCUAUCCCAGUAACUAUCUGGCACCUCUAUAUUCUAUAGAACCGUGGUGUGGGCGUGCAA